AAUAGAGCCAGGCUCCCGAGAAGAGGCAGUUCCCCUUCCUGUGGGGCUGCAGACCUGACAGCCCCGUGACAGGAAGGACCAGCCUCUGAGGGGCCACACCCUGGGCCCUGUCUGUCCUGAGGGCGCCGGGCUCUCCUCCAGCUGCACAGCCUGGACCACGGGGAGGAGACGCCAUGACCCCCAUGCUCCCGGGCCUGCUCUACCUCGGGCUGAAUGUGGGCCUGGGGACCCAGGUGCAGGCAGGGAUUCUCCCCAAACCCACCCUCUGGGCUGAGCCAGGCCCUCUGGUCACCUGGAAUAGCCCUGUGACCAUCUGGUGUCAGGGGGCUCUGUGGGCCCAGGAGUUCCAUCUGGUUAAAGAGGGAAGGCAAAUUCCCUGGUACCAACUGAGACCACUGGAGGAUCGGGUCACGGCCAAGUUCUCCAUUCAAUACAUGACCCAGGUCUACGCAGGGAGGUACCGCUGUUACUACAUCAGUCCCAUUGGCGAGUCACAGCCCAGCGAUGCCCUGGAACUGGUGGUGACAGGAGACCACAGCAAACCCGCCCUCUCAGCCCUGCCCAGCCCUGUGGUGGCCUCAGGAGGGAACGUGACCCUCCAGUGUGGCUCAUGGCACAGAUAUGACAGGUUCAUCCUGACUAAGGAAGGAGAACACAAGUCCUCCUGGACCCUGGACACACAGAGACACCCCGAUGGGCAGACCCAGGCCCUGUUUUCUGUGGGCCCUGUGACCCCUAGCCACAGGGGGACAUUCAGAUGCUAUGGCUAUUUCAGAGACAAACCCCAGGUGUGGUCAGAACCCAGUGACCCCCUGGAGCUCCUGGUCUCAGGGGGCUCUGGGAAGCCCUCCCUCCUGACCCCGCAGGGCCCUGUCGUGGCCUCUGGACAGAGCCUGACCCUCCAGUGUCGCUCUGCCAUCAGCUAUGACAGGUUUGCUCUGGCCAAGGAGGGGGCACAGUACCUCCUCCAGUGCCUUGCCCAGCAGCCCCAGGCUGGGCUCUCUCAGGCCCACUUCCGCCUGGGCCAGGUGAGCGGCCUCCAUGGGGGCCGGUACAGAUGCUAUGGUGGACACAACCUCUCCUCCCUGUGGUCGGUCCCCAGUGACCCCCUGGACAUCCUGGUGGCAGGUGAGGAGCCAGCGGGUCAGCGGGGACCCACCUCUGCACAGGCCCUGCUGGGGGAGCCCCAGGGGGAUGCUGGGACCAGGGGGAGGGGUCCCCAGGGAGGGAGGGACAGCCAGACUGGAGGUCGGGGGGAUGGAGAGGCUCAGAGAAACACAGACACACACAGAUGAGGGUCCUCGGAGAUGCCCUGCCGAG